UGCAGAGACUGGCAGAUCGCCUGGGGAAAAUGCACUUUGCACUUUCCUAGGAAUCCCAUCAAAGCUCCUCCUCUUCCUCCCUCCUUCCCGCCCUUUCUCAAUCUCUCUCUUUUUAUGCCAGAUCCAUGGCGUAGGCAUGAAAUCUGCAGCCGUCCUUGCAAAUACAAAUAAACUUGGAUGGGCAGGAGAGUGCGAAUUAUCAGGAGCUGCUUCUUUGGGAAGGAGCAAGUGUAACAUGAAGAGACAAAUAUUUAAAAAUCAGCAGGAAUGAAAAGAGAAGUGGAAGAAAUUUUGAGCUGCUUGAGGUGUUGAUGCCCAUGAAGUCCUGCGUCUGCAAGAAGUUUUUGAAUUGAACAGAAGGGAAGAAUAUCCAGUCUUGAGGGAAACAUUGAAAUAUAAAUUAAAUAGACACUGCAGAACCCACAGAAGGGAGAAGACCAUAUCAAUGAGGAGGAGCUUCAGUUGCAGUCCUGCCCUAAGGAUAAGAGAUUCCACACCUGGAAGAAUGCUUAUAAAAGCAUGAGUGGUACAAAGAGUUUCAGUUGUAGUGAAAACCAUACUUCACAUCAAACUGUAGAGUAAGGGAAGAAACUGGAAUAUUUACUUCCUUUUUAAAAUCUUGAACUCCUAGGAUACCCACCUUUUCAUUUCCCCCAUAGUAGCCGAUUUCUGACAGUCUUCUGAAGUGACAUUGCGGAAAAACAGGUUGGAAGAGAAAUGGCUGGCAAGAAAAGGGGUCGAAAGAGGAAUGUGGGAAACCAGAGAAAUAAAAGCUCUGCUUCUCAGAGCACCAACGUCCGCAAACUUCCUGUUCCACAAGACCACAAGAGAAGAAGGGAAAAGUGCCCAGACUGUGGGAAGACAUUCACAUCUAAAUCAAAAUUAAACAGACACUGCAAAAUCCACACAAGGGGGGAGAUCUAUAAAUGCGAGGAGUGUGGAAAGAGCUUCAGUGAAAGGCAAGACCUUACUUCACAUCAGAGAACUCACAGAGUUGAGAAGCGAUAUGAAUGUGUGGAGUGCGGAAAGAGCUUCAGUUGUAUCAAAAGCCUCACUAUACAUCAAAGAACUCACACAGGGGAGAAGCCAUAUCACUGUGUGGAGUGUGGAAAGAGAUUCAGUCAAACAGGAGCCCUUACCAUCCAUCAAAGAAUCCACACAGGGGAGAAGCCAUAUGAUUGUAUAGAAUGUGGGAAGAGCUUCAGAGGUGCUGGAAAACUUGUGGUGCACCUAAGAACCCACACAGGGCUGAAGCCAUAUGAAUGUAUGGAGUGUGGAAAACGCUUCGCUCAGAGAGGAGCCCUUAACGUACAUCAGAGAACCCACACAGGUGAGAAACCAUAUGAAUGCCUGGUGUGUGGAAAGUGCUUCUGUCAGAAAGGAGCCCUUACUGUCCAUGAAAGAAGCCACACUGGGGAGAAACCAUAUGAAUGCAUGGAGUGUGGGAAAAGCUUCAGUCAACAGGCACACCUCAUUUUACAUCAGAGAACACACAAGGGGGAGAAACCAUAUAAAUGUAAGGAAUGUGGAAAGAGCUUCUCUUGUACUUCAUUACUCAACAAACACCAAACAAUCCACACAGCGUCGAGGCCCUUUGAAUGUCUGGAGUGUGGAAAGAAGUUCAGAAACAGGAGCUAUCUAACUAAACAUUUAAAAAUACACAGAGGGCUGAAACCAUAUAAAUGUUUGGAAUGUGGAAAGAAUUUCGGCCAUAGCGGAAGCCUUGUUCUCCAUCAAAGAAUCCAUACAGGGGAGAAACCAUAUAAAUGUAUGGAGUGUGGAAAGAACUUCCGUUGCAGUGGAAGCCUUAGUUCCCAUCAAAUCAGUCAUACAGGGGAGAGGCCGUAUGGGUGUGUAGAAUGCGGAAGGAGGUUCAAAUAUAGCUCAAAUCUUUUCCAGCAUAAAAUGGCUCAUGCAGGUUUGAAGCCAUAUGAAUGCGAUAAGUGUGGGAAAAGCUUCAGCCAGAGACAACUCCUUACUGUACAUCAAAGAAGCCACACAGGGGAGAAACCUUUUGAAUGCACGCAGUGUGGAAAGAGCUUCAGUAGGAAACGCUAUCUUACUAUACAUCUAAGAAUCCACACAGGGGAGAAACCAUAUAAAUGUGUUGAGUGUGGAAGGAGCUUUACCGUUGACCGCUCUCUUUCUCUUCAUGAAAGAACCCACACAGGGGAGAAGCCAUAUAAAUGUGAGGAGUGUGGAAAGAGCUUCACUAUAAAAGGAAACCUAACUACGCACGAAAGAAUCCACACAGGCGUGAAACCAUUUAAAUGUGUGGAAUGUGGAAAGUGCUUCGGUUGCAGCGGAAGCCUUAAGAAGCAUCAAAGAAUCCACACAGGAGUGAAGCCAUAUAAAUGUGAGGAGUGUGGAAAGAGCUUCAGCCAAACAGGAAGUCUUACUACCCAUCAAAGAACCCAUGCAGGGGCGAUGCCGUAUGAAUGCAAGGAGUGUGGAAAGAGCUUUUGUCUUAAAUCACUUCUUGCUCAACAUCAAAGAACCCACACAGGGGAGAAGCCAUUUAAAUGUGAGGAGUGUGGAAAGAGCUUCACUACAAAAGGAAACCUAACUGCGCACAAAAGAAUCCACACAGGCGUGAAACCAUUUAAAUGUGUGGAAUGUGGAAGGUGCUUCGGUUGCAGCGGAAGCCUUAAGAAGCAUCAAAGAAUCCACACAGGAGUGAAGCCAUAUAAAUGUGAGGAGUGUGGAAAGAGCUUCAGCCAAACAGGAAGUCUUACUAAGCAUCAAAGAACCCAUACAGGGGCGAAGCCGUAUGAAUGCAAGGAGUGUGGAAAGAGCUUUCUCCUAACUAGGAUAUCAAGCCUUAGAAAUCUUAGAAGAUUGCAUGAAGGGGAGAAACCAUUUAAAUGUUCAGAAUGUGGAAGGAGCUUCAACUACAGGAAACAUCUCAUUGUGCAUGAGAGAAUCCACACAGGUGAGAAACCAUAUAAAUGCUCCGAGUGUGGAAAGAGCUUCACUCAGAGCAGUACUCUUUUUAAUCAUCGAAGGAUCCAUACAGGAGAGAAACCGUUUGAAUGCUCAGAGUGUGGAAAGAGCUUCACGAGCAGCAGCAGUCUUUCAUAUCAUCAACGAGUCCACACUGAAGAGAAACCUUACAAAUGUUUUCAUUGCAAAAAGAACUUCAGCCAGAGGAGUGAGCUUCAUUCUCAUCAGAGAAUCCACACAGGGGAGAAACCUUAUAAAUGCUCAGAGUGUCGGAAGAGUUUUACUCACAGCAGUAGCCUUUCUUAUCAUCAAAGGGCUCACAAAGGAGAAAAACCAUAUAAAUGUUCCGAGUGUGGGAAGAGUUUCUGUCAGAGCAGUGGCCUCAUCUCUCAUCAAAGAAUCCACACAGAAGAAAAACCAUACAAAUGCUCAGUGUGUGGAAAGAACUUCACUCAUAACAGUAGCCUUUGUAAACAUAAAAGAAUCCAUACAGGAGAGAAACCGUAUACAUGCUCAGAGUGUGGAAAGAGCUUCACUAAUAGUAGUAGCCUUUCUUAUCAUGAAAGAACCCACACAGGAGAGAAGCCGUAUAAAUGUUUUCAUUGUGGAAAGAGCUUCAGCCAGAGCAAUCACCUUCUUUCUCAUCAAAGAAUCCAUACAAGAGAAAAACUGUAUAAAUGCUCAGAGUGUGGAAAGAGCUUUACUCAUAGCAGUAGCCUUUCUUACCAUCAAAAAAUCCAUACAGGAGACAAACCGUUUAAAUGUUCUGAGUGUGGAAAGAGUUUUUUUCAGAGCUACGGCCUUCUUUAUCAUCAAAGAAUCCACACUGGAGGAAAACCCUAUAAAUGCCUGGUGUGUGGCAAAAACUUCAGUCAUAGCAGUAGUCUUUCUAGUCAUCAGAGACUCCACACAGGAGAGAAACCGUAUAAAUGUUCAGAGUGUGGAAAGAGCUUCACUAAUACUAGCAGCCUUUCUUACCAUCAAAAAAUUCAUAUAGGAGAGAAACCAUUUAGAUGUUGUGAGUGUGGAAAGAGUUUUUUUCAGAGCUAUGACCUGCUUAAUCAUCAAAGAAUCCACACUGGAGUGAAACCAUAUAUAUGCUCAGUGUGUGGCAAGAACUUCACUCAUAGCAGUAGCCUGUCUAAUCAUCAGAGACUCCAUACAGGCGAGAAACCAUUUAAAUGUUCAGAAUGUGGGGAAAGCUUUAGUCACAACAGUAACCUUACUUACCACCAAAAUACCCAUUCAAGUGAAAAAAUCUUUAAAUGCUCAGAGUGCGGAAAGAGCUUCAGUUGUAGCCAAACCUUAGCAAUACACUACAGACUACAUACAGGAGAGAAAGCAUUUACAUGUUCAGAGUGUGGAAAGAGCUUCAACCAGAAGACUCACCUCACUAACCAUCAAAGGACCCAUACGGGAGAGAAACCAUAUAAAUGCUUAGACUGUGGGAAGAGCUUCAGCCGAAGCAAUACCCUCUCUAAUCAUCAGAGGCUCCAUACGGGAGAGAAACCAUAUAAAUGCUCGGAGUGUGGGAAGAGCUUCGCUCAGAGCAGUGGCCUUUCUUCCCAUCAAAGAAUCCACACAGAGAAAUCGCAUAAAUGCUUAGAGUGUGGGAAGAGCUUCACUAAUAGUGUUAGCCUUUCUUAUCAUCAAAGAAUCCACACGGAAGAGAAAUCACAUACAUCAGGGGUGGAGAUCCUUUUAGGCUCUGGGAGCCAGAUCAUUAUCUGGCCCCACCAAGAGGGCCAAACGGGACAGGUGGGUGGAACAAACCACCUGUCAAUCGCAUGAUGUCAUAGUGACGUCGCAUGGCUGGCAGGUGGCUUGCUGCACUCGUUUUAUAGAAGAAUGUUGGAAAUAGGUCUCUGGUGAAUAUACCCUGUUGAUUUGGGGUGGCUCCAUUUGUUGCAUCAUUCAGUCAAUGAAGCGGUGCCGGAACAUCUGCCACCUGCGCCUGUUUCAUGCAAAUGAUUCUGCACUCCCCUACAGAUUAUAAUUGCUGAAAUCGCCAGUUUGCUACUGCAAAAGGUCUGUGGUGUGUCUGUUUUUACAUAUAUUUGAGCUCAAACAGUCACCAACUCUAAUUUUUGAACCUCAUUGCCAUUCAACUACCACCUUACUGUUUUCUCCUUUGACUAUUAGCCAUCUCAGAUUUAGUCCACAAAAGAUGACCAUGCCACAAUCAACCUGUUAGCUUUUACAUGGUCUCAGGGCUCAAUAUUUUUCUUGUUCUUUAAAAAAAUAGAUAAAUGUGGACUCCAAGUGCACACUGAAUUUUGCUGUAGCAAAAGAGGGGAGGAGGACUGGGUUGUUUCUCUUGUGGUGUGUAAAGAUGUAUAGGUUUUGUUACCUGUUACAUGCACUGAUAGUGAUGUGAAAAAUGAAAAAGUAAAACAGAAAUGUUACUA